AUGAUGUCCAUUGAGGAUAUGAUACCACACCUAUACCACGAGAAGCAGGAGGACGGUUCUCUCCUCUGUGCUCAGCAUGCUCUCAAUUCCCUAUUACGUGCGUCUAUCUUCACUGCUCCUGAUCUCGCAGAGAUUGCCCGUCGACUAGAUGCAGAGGAAGCCAGCUACGAUGAUGACUUGAACACAGAAAGUGCCAGUACGAAUAUGGACGAUACGGGCUUCUUCUCAGUACAAGUGCUAGAUACAGCACUCAAAGUAUGGGGUCUUGACCUUGUUGGAUGGCGAGGAGAAGCCAUGAGAUCCUUAUCAAGACACGCCAUAUUCCCAUCUGACACAAGAUACAGCACCCAACUGGCGUUUAUUCUGAAUUACCAGCAGCAUUGGUACACGCUCCGUCGGUUUGGACCGGCUUCCCCCGUCCUAGCUGAAGAUUCUGGGAUUGGGCAUUGGUUCGAUCUGAAUUCUCUUCUCCCUGAGCCCCGGUGGAUUAGUAAAACCUACCUAGGGAUGGUACUACAGCAGGCAGAGGCUGAUGGCUACUCGGUCUUUGUAGUGACCCAGACAGACCCUUCUGCUCCUCUAGGCCUCCCUCGCGUAGAUGCAGACGAUCUCGCAACUAUCGUCUCUGAGUCUGGCGUUUCCGGUCGGCCAUCCUCAAGUUCUUUCACGACAGGAACUUCUCAUUCCACUGCUGCCGGGAGUCACGAUUUUGAAGGAUUGGAGGAUGAGGAUUAUGAGCUUCAAGCCGCUUUGCAGGCUUCACUGAUGGCCGGAUCGUCUUCUGAUUACCCUAUGAUGAAUUUCGAUCCUCCCGCUCUAACGAGAUCCAAUAUGCCGCCUCCUAGGGGCUCUUGGUCGCCUAUUGAACACAGUUCGGGUGACCAAACACCGACAGACACUCCUCUGGACCCCGUAGCUGCUAGCAUGGCACGCAAUCAACAGCUUCUUCAACGAAUGACAGCUGAACAGCAGUAUGCUCAACGAGAAUUAUGGGGCGAAGGGCGCACGGGACGCCAGGAAAACAGCGAUGACGAGGAUCUGAGACGCGCCAUUGCUGAGAGCGAAGCAAUGGCCAGGGCAGAGGGCCAUGGACGAUCAGAGGACGAGGAAGUCGAAGAUGAUAUCGAGGAUCGCGCAUCUUCAGCAAUUCUUCCGAACUUCGGUCAGCCAACAUUGCUUAGCAGAGGAAGUGGGGAUAGAGUGUAUGACGAUGAUGACGCAGAAUUACAGGCGGCCUUGAAGGAAUCUCUGGCUCAAGUUCCCGACAACUGGGUUGCGCCUGACGCAUUCCAAACGCCAUCUCCACGUCCGCCGGCACCGAUGACAGCACCGACAACAAUCAACCCACCUCAGUCAUCAUCGUCUGCUUUGACCGAUAUGCAGGAUGUCGAAUCUACGCCGUCUGAUGAUGGGAAUUCGACUGUCGCAUCUUCUGAGCCGGCUGAAGCGCCUUCCCAAGAAGCUGUCAGCCUCGAAGAAAUGCGAAGACGAAGACUUGCAAAAUUUGGAGGUUAA